AUGAAGGAAAAAGAGGAGGGCGCCAAAUCCAAAAAUCGAAAUGAUGACCCGCUGCCGCCCAAUCACCAUCAUUCUCCAAAUUUCAACGAUCUGAGGGCUGCACCUUACAUGGAGAAUUUGGUUACCAUGUAUCAAAGUUUGAAUUCUACUUUCACUUCUGUUGUAUCUCGGCAUUUGUCUUCUGCACUCAUGAACAACCUGAAAGAGAAAAGCGAAGUGUCUGGUGAUCAAGCGAGAACGCCUAGAAGCAGCACCAAUCUGUGUUUGGGAAGAAUCACUGUGGACAGUCAUGCUACUUUGACUCAUUUGCCCUCACAUGGUGGUUGUAGUGGAACUAAUGAAGGGCUUGAGACACAAGUGGAGGAUAUGCAUCCAGGGCCACAACCAACGCCGGAAACCUCGCCUUCAUUUUGUGAUAAUAAAGUUAGAAAUUGCAAUGACGUUGCUGAAGAUGGCAGAUGUGGGGGGCAAAGUAAGGCCAAGAUGCCGGCUGAUUAUUUGUUAGAAACAACUGAUUAUGAAAGGGAUGCCAAAAGACAAAAGAUGUUGGAUUAUUCAUCACCAGAAAGUGGGGUGAACGACAUUGGUAGAAAUGAACACAAAGUUUGCUCCUCUGAUACUACAGCUACCUCAAAUAAUAAAUUUGAAGAAGAACUUUCUGUUGCUAAGCCAAUUUCCCUCAAAAGAAGUGUUUGUGCAUUCUGUCAGACCUCCAAGGAGACUGAUGUUACUGGCCCUCUGUUGUGUUACGCAAAUGGGAAGCAAGUUGAUGGCGAAACAAACAGAAACUCCAAUGUCAUACCUGUUCACAGCAAUUGCAUUGAUUGGACUCCUAUGGUGUAUUAUGCAGGAGACAUUAUCAAGAAUUUGGAGUCUGAAUUGGGAAGAUCUGCUAAGCUCAAGUGCAGUAGUUGUGGAAAAAAGGGUGCAGCCCUUGGAUGCUUUGAAAAGUCAUGUCGCAGAACAUAUCACGUUCCUUGUGCGUUUGAUAUUCAAGAAUGCAGAUGGGAUAGUGAGAACUUCUUAAUGCUCUGCCCAAGCCAUUAUUCUGUGAAGUUUCCAAAAGAGAAGUCCAAGCCCAGGAAGUCUGCUGCUGAGCCUAAGCAACCUAAAUCCACUGAAAGGAUCCCCUCAAAUUCUGGUUUUGAGGCAAACUUGCCUGGUGGACCAAAGGAAUGGGUUUUUUGUGGAUCGGCUCUUUCUGCUGAGGAGAAGUUUGUUCUUAUCAAAUUUGCAACAAUGUGUGGUGCAACCGUGUCCAAGUUUUGGAGACCAAAUGUGACACAUGUGAUUGCAGCAACAGACGAGAACGGUGCAUGUACCAGGACCUUAAAGGUUCUCAUGGGAAUCUUGAAUGGGAGGUGGAUCCUAAAUAUGGGCUGGAUAAGAGCUUCUAUGGAAGCAAAUCUUCCUUUGGAUGAAGGACCUUAUGAAAUCAGCAUAGAUAAUCAUGGCUGUUUGGAUGGCCCUAAAACUGGAAGGUUACGGGUUUCAAAUGAAGAGCCCAAACUUUUCGAAGGCAUAAACUUCUAUUUUACUGGUGACUUUGUACCAGCUUACAAGUUUGACCUGUUUGAUCUCGUUAGAACUGCUGGCGGUAUCAUACAUGAGAGCAUGGAACAGUUGAAGACAUUGACCAGCAAUGUAGAAGCAAACGCCUCAUGUUUGGUUGUUUAUAAUGGUGACCCGCCACAUGGGUGUUUAUCUGGGGAAGGAAGUUCAGUAGUUUCCGAGAGGAUAGCCGAAGCACAUAAUUUAGCCAAACAAAUUAACUGUUCUGUUGCGGGUCACAAAUGGAUUUUGGACUCAAUAGCUGCCUGUAGACUGCUAACUGCCUGUUAG